AUGAGCAGCAUGUUCUGGGGCGCCGUCGACCCCAUCCACCGAGCAUCCGCGGUCUCCGUGGAGGAAACAAUGCAAUUCUAUCGAGAACAGUUCAAGACGAAUGCUGCGCGAAGCAAGAGAUUCCCACCAGUAGCUCAGCGUGAUAUUCCUUCAGAGGCGUUUACAGCUGAAGCUGCAAGCACUCUCCACGCUGUGCUCGAGAUGGCCCUUGAGACUCUGCACAAGUCGAAAUCCAUCCCAACUCGAGUGUUUCUCCCUCCCACCCACGUCGCCGCUGGAACACCCAGUUCAGUGACCGCCGAAACCCCCGCGUACUUCAUCGAGGAGCGAGUGCGGACAACAAAGCGAAAUUCUAUCAAGGAAAAGGCCCGUGCCAGUCGUCGCCUGCACUGUGCUGUGUCUGACGCACAAUUGUACUAUUGCGACCGACAUCCUGCCAAAAGUCGAAGCCCCGGCGCGGACGCAGCCAACUGGCUGUCUUUACAAGCCCACAACAUCGAGGCUGCUGAAGCGCGUGAUCAACACGUUAGCGCGGUUGUGGCAGAGCAGCAGCGCCGCGAAAUUGAACGCGAGAAACGAAUUCACCAAACGUAUAACACUGCGCACAUGGAUACGGUGGCGAGUGUUGCGAUGGAGCGAUACGAGGCUGCGGACCAACUCAUGCGCAUCCUCGACGACUACGGUCUCAUCAAGUCGAGCGUGUCAGCGGAGUAUUUGAAGAAGAGUCUGGAGCGGCGGACGACGCGGCUGCCGUGUAUCCAGUGA